AUGCACUCAGAUCUCAUCCUCCUCUCCUCCUCGCCCGAGCGCAAUGCAAUUCGCAAUCCGCCACCGUUGGCCGCGGUUACGGAAAAGGGACGACGACAACGGCCACGCGCCGCCUUUUCGUCUCCAGUGCCAUCGUCGACUGGAUCAAUACUCGGGCCCCGGUCGCGUUCCAGAUUCUUUGCGGUCUUGGAUCACAAUCCGCCGAAUACAAAAGACAGGAUAACGAAGGAGGGACAGACAGCAGCUGAAGACUCAGCUCCCGCUAUUUCGAGUACUGCACCAAAAGGGAAAGGAAGGAAGCCUACUGUCGUACAGCGAGCAGCAGGCUCCAAUUUGGACUUGGUCGAGGUGGAAAACGAGGGCAAUGCGUCACGGAAAGCGAAGCGAACCAAGAAAGAAGGAGCCGAAGACGGCACCGGAAGCCAAAAAACAAAGAACAAGACCAUAACUGGGAAGAUAACAAAACCGCGAGCGAGGAAUCCUAAAGAGUCGGACGCGAAGCCUGCAGAUUGUCCCUCGACACCGCGGCAAACGCGCAGACGAAGUGCUGAAGGUGAUGACACAGAGCUACAUCUCGAACCCGCCCUAAAACGAAGGCUGGAUUGGACACCGGCAAAGGAUCUUGAUUCUCCGUCUGUUGCCCCAGAAGAUAGGGACAACGCUGGAAAUGGCCAAAGCAAGUUGGGGACUAUUCUGUCCGGCUACGAAUACGACGAAGUCCCCAUUGCUUCGGAUAAAUUUCAGAUCCUUGGAGCUAAUGGCCCAAUUAAGCGCCGGCGAAUAGAGCUUGUGGACUCGAACUUUAUUGCUCCGAGAUCAAAAUCAUCGAGCAACGAUCCUAAAGAUGCCAACAUGCCUGCAGACUUAAAGUCAAGCAAGAAGUCAAACCCGCGGCCUAAAAAGUUUACUACCUUAACAGCUCGUGUGACAGCUCCUUAUCUAGAAUCUGCCGGGUCGACCGAUAUUGGAGCCUUUAUUGCGCCCGUCAAACCAAAAAAGACAGCAAACGCUAGGAUAAAGGUGCCAACUGUCAUUGUGCUUUCUCCCGAGGCAGCACUCAAGUCGUUGGAUGAUCAGGAUCUUGUUUUUGGGACGUGUAGCCAGCUCGAGCGAUCAGACUCUCCUACUUUGUCACAGGAGACGCAGAUCGCAGUCGGAGAAUCCGAGAAGGAUGGUUUUGCUUCUUUGUCGCAUCAGACACAAGAAAAAGAGCUAGCACAGUCCACUAGCGUGUCACAUAUUACGAACCCAUCGAAAAAUAUGUGGGCAGUUGCGGCAAGAGAUUCGGAAGGAUUGUUGAGAGAUGUCGAGGUCAUUGAGCUGCUUGACACCCCUGAAGCGACCAAGACAAUAAAUAUGCCAGCCAGCGGCGCCAAUGAGAUGGAGAAACAAAUUACGACUCACGAUGCUGGUAAUAGGUGCGAUCAACUACCAGCCAAAGAAGUAGCGCCUGAUGUUGUAUCUUGUGUUGAGAGGCUACCUGACUCAUUCACGCAGGCUGUCGAACAGACGUCUGAUGAGCCCAGGGUUGCCUUGAAGUCUUCAAUGCCAGAUUACAUGGAACUCACAGACACUGAGCUGGCAAAGAAAAUCAAAAGCAGCGGCCUGAAAGCGAUCAAGAAUCGCAAGAAGAUGAUCGAGGUUCUAGAAAAAUGCUGGGCAGCUCAGCAUGGACGAAACAAUCAGGAAGAGGGCGACGAUCUGCAAAAGACCGAAUCCUCAACCCAGGGUAUUGCCUUGUCUAGGCCGCAAGAAGCUAAGAAAACACCCCAAGAGCUUCGAAAAUCUUCACAGGAAGAGGAGGAUCAGUCUCAGCCAGUCAGCUUCAAAUUCACAAAGGCAAAAGCUGAUACUGUCACUGGCGCAGUGACCAAGAGCAGCCAACCAGUCACGCAUCUGGAUAAUGAUCAGGAUAACAAGAUCUGCACAUCCAGCGACAAAGCGAGUCAACAACAAACAUCAAUCCGAUCAUUCGUCGAUAUAGAAGAAAUCCAAGAUUCCGAGGAUGAGCUACUCCCAUCCCCAAGCCAGCUCCAAACCCAGCUCUCCGGCCUAUCGCGGGAAACCAAAAGCGAGCUACCCACGUCGACAAUACCAUCGAGCCCAACCCCAAGUCGACCCGUGUCCAGCAACCGCAAACUCGACGGAACUUCCAUUACCACGGCUACCACUACUACUUAUCUUACUUCAUUUAGCUCGAAGGUUAACACCGACGAGAAAUUACUGCUCGAGUUCAGCGACUCAAUCACAAAGGCCGUGCGUGCGCAGCCUCAGGAUGGGACUUCAUACCCAAGGCCUAGCUGGCACGAGAAGAUCCUCAUGUACGAUCCUAUAUACCUUGAAGAUUUCACUGCUUGGUUGAACACCGAGGGUCUCAGUCUUGUACAUGAAGACCGAGAAGUUGAUGCAGGCCUUGUUCGUCGGUGGUGUGAAAGCAAAGGCAUUUGCUGUUGCUAUAAAGUCAAGAAAAUGGGCCAUUUUUAG